AUGUGGAAAUUGAGUCUCACUGGAAUUAUUUUUAUAGUGUCAUGUUCAUAUUACGCUUACGCGACAAAUGUAAAAUUAAACCAUGAUUUCGACUUGCUAAUUUUUACUCAAGAAUGGCCAGCAACUGUUUGUAAAGAAUGGAAAAAGCAUGACCCAUCGCAUAAAUGUGCUAUGCCUACCAAUACCGAUAGUUGGACCAUUCACGGCAUUUGGCCUACAAAGCUUGGUACAAUAGGCCCAGCAUUUUGCAAUAGGACAUGGAUGUUUGAUCCAGAAAAGAUUAAGCCUAUUGAACAACAACUAACCCAAGUGUGGGUUAAUGUCUUUGGAGGUACCUCAGUAUACGCACUUUGGUCACAUGAAUGGACUAAACAUGGUACUUGUGCUGCCCAACUUAAACCAUUUAAUUCUGAGUUGAACUAUUUCUCAAUAGGUAUUAACUGGAUGAAACAAUAUUCCAUGACAAAUAUUCUGAAAUCUGACCCUGCGAUAGAAUGUAAGAAGGAAGAUGGGCAGAGUGACAUUUCAGAAAUAAGAAUCUGUUUCACAAAAGAUUUGGAACUUACUAAUUGUGAUGGGAUUGUUGCAAGACAACAAAUAGGUGAUGAUUCCAUUUUAACAAAUUGUGACCGAUCUAAAAAUAUUCUGUAUCCACAAUAUAUAAACAACCAUUGUUUAAAAAAAGAUAAAAUGGCGGCAUGUUAUUAUGCCAGCUCUCAUAGGAACAUGUUCGAGCCCCUUCAAAAUUUCACUCAACAAUUCAUUUCAUUAGAAAUAAAAAUAGCUGGAUAUAAUAUGGGCUGG